AGAAUGGCAAGAACUUGAGGACCAAUUGCAUAUGGGAAAUGUUGAAGCAAAAGCUGUGAAUAAUGACUCAAGUUUCUGGCCCCAGGGGUCUGGAUUGCAGUGCUGUUCAAGAGUGCCGAAGAAAUGGCUCUCACACCCACAAAUCUAAAUAAGGAGAUGUCUCUGCAGAUGAAGAUGGACUGCCAGGAACAAGAGCUGACUGAGAAAAACAAUGGCUUUUUCCAAAAGCUCAAUGUGACUAAAGGUGUAAUGCAGGAUUUGCUAAAGGAAAUUAUCAAAGUGGACCACAUCUUAGACCAAUCAGAUGAUGAGGACGACAUUUCCUCUGAAAACCCUCAAACUGACUUCCUUCACAAGGGUAUGCUGGAGCUGGAGGCUAAGCAUGACCAGGACCUGAGUAAACAGGAUGAGCAAGAAACAGAUGUGGAUGAGUACCCUCAAGCAUCUACAUCUCUGCAGUUUUCAAAGAACAUCCUUGAAUUGUGCCUGAAGGGCAUGUUCCUCAAGCUAAACUGCUGGAAUGCAAAGAUAAGUCUCCAGGUGAAAGAACUUAGAGCUGAUUACAUAGACAGAAUGGACAAAAUUGACAAUAUUUAAUAAAAAAUGUAACAGAAAACAGUGAAGAGCUUAUUAAAAGACAUGCUGACCCUGAAGGGUCAAAUUGAAAAGCUGGAGGACCGGGGCCUUGACCUUGAUCAAGGGACAAACACCGAGGUGAAUGCUUGUAAUGAAGUUUAUGAAUUAAAGAAGAAAGUCAUGGAAAGUCUGGAGGACCUUUGCAAGAACGUGGAACUGCUGAGUGCAAAGCUGAGGAUGUAUCAAAUGGAGGGAGAGGACACCGACUCUCACAGUUCUGAAGAAACAGAUAUGGAAGAGAUGGAGACCCUGCUUCCUCAGGCCCCAGCAUCCUUUUUAGUGCAGAACUCUCCUCCUCCCAAUGCAGCAUGGAAAUGUGCCCUGAGGAUUUUCAUCAUGUUUUAUGUCCUCACCGUCACUGGACUUUUAUGUUACAUAUUAUUUUUUGGUGCUACAUUUCUCUUUGAAAGGGUGCUUCUGAGAAUGCUUGGGUGCCGCACCACAUGGGACCUACGGGAGAUGAUAGAGCCUUUCUUGAAUUCGGAAGUGGAAGCCUUGUUACCCUCCUAA